AUGUCCAACCCCACCAUCCCCGCUCACCCCACCGAAGCGCUCGCGCCACCAAAGGAAGCGAAGAUGGAAGAAGAGGCCCCAAAGAAGAGGAUUCAACCAGUCCGGAAAGGGGCCACCAAACCGGUUGUUGUGGUCCCCAAGACGAAAGGGAAAGAAACCGCACCUGGAUCCUCCCCACCCUCAUCCCCGGUUCAAGCCAACAAGAAGAAGCUCAAGAUCAAUUCCUCCGCUGAUUCUUCCGUGCCCUCGUCCCCCAACCCUCCCACCGAACCAGCCCCCUUGGUGCACCUAGAACCUCCGCCACCUCCAGCAAACCCCCAUCUACCAAUCCCCCCGUCCGAUCUCGAUUACGUUGAUUAUUUACCAAAAAUCAUUCAACCUGAAGUCUGGGAUGUUGUGGAUGUUUGA